ACGGCGGUGAGACGUACAGACGCCAGGGGAGCGCCGCCCGCAGGAGCACGCCCGUAUUUCUUCCCCUCCCUCACUUUCACUUCCGGUCCUUUACUUCCUGUCUUACCGUCCGGGUCCUUCCGUUUAUCCUUCCGACAAAAAGGUCGGGUGGUGCGCGCAGUUAGGCUCUUCAGCCUCGUGAGACUGUGAAGCUCCGUGCGCUGGGGCCGCAGGGCCCCGGGGCGGCGCCCUAGCCGAAACCAUGGCUCGAAAUGCAGAAAAGGCCAUGACGGCCUUAGCAAGGUUUCGCCAAGCCCAGCUGGAAGAGGGAAAAGUGAAGGAACGAAGGCCCUUCCUUGCUUCGGAAUGUACAGAGCUGCCCAAGGCUGAGAAGUGGAGACGGCAGAUCAUUGGAGAGAUCUCUAAAAAAGUGGCACAGAUUCAGAAUGCUGGUUUAGGUGAAUUCCGAAUUCGUGACCUGAAUGAUGAAAUUAACAAGCUGCUGAGAGAGAAAGGACACUGGGAGGUCCGAGUGAAGGAGUUGGGUGGUCCUGAUUAUGGGAAAGUUGGCCCUAAAAUGCUGGAUCAUGAAGGGAAAGAAGUCCCGGGAAACCGAGGUUACAAGUACUUUGGAGCAGCAAAAGAUUUGCCUGGUGUUAGAGAGUUGUUUGAAAAAGAACCUCUCCCUCCUCCCAGGAAGACACGUGCUGAGCUCAUGAAAGCGAUCGAUUUUGAGUACUAUGGUUACCUGGAUGAAGACGAUGGAGUUAUUGUGCCUUUGGAACAGGAAUACGAAAAGAAACUCAGAGCCGAGCUGGUAGAGAAGUGGAAGGCAGAGAAGGAGGCCCGGCUGGCAAGAGGAGAAAAAGAAGAGGAGGAGGAAGAGGAGGAAGAGAUCAACAUCUACGCUGUCACCGAGGAGGAGUCUGACGAGGAAGGCAGCCAGGAGAAGGGAGGGGAGGACGGGCAGCAGAAGUUCAUUGCUCACGUCCCAGUGCCGUCGCAACAGGAGAUUGAGGAGGCGCUCGUGCGAAGGAAGAAGAUGGAGCUCCUGCAGAAGUACGCGAGUGAGACUCUGCAGGCACAGAGUGAAGAAGCCAAAAGGCUCCUGGGAUAUUAGGGCAAGCAGAGCUCUGUUUGCAGUUGAAAGAUCUGGGAGUCCUGGCACCCCCACAGAGCUGCUGCCCACACGGCCACUGCAGAGGGCUGCAGGAAGCCACCAUGCAUUGAUGCCUCCUGCUCCCUUCUCCCCCCUCAUUCCUCUCUUACCUCUUCUUACCUGGCAUGUUGCAAUGGAGGUGGGGCUCUAUGCCCUGCUUCCCUGGUGGCUGGCUAGGUGCUGAACACUUCAGCCCUCACCUUUGUACAAAUAUUUGCUACUGUAUGCAUCCAUUGUUUAUAUCGUCAAGUGUGUCAAACAGGUUAUUUUUCACCGUGUAGUGUGAUGUGGGGAGCAGGAUCAGUUUGUGGCCAGCAUUAAAAUAUGUGAUUUUCCUAAAAAGACAUAUCUUCUCUUGAGGAAGAAAACAGUGUCAGCCCUGUACCUGCAUCCAAUGGGCCGAAAGCAAGAGCCACCCCUUGGGCCAGGCUCUGCUCCCAGCGCUCCAUGUGUGCGCUCUGCCUGCUGCCCCCUCCUACCUGCAGGGGGGCAGGAGUUUGAGUUUGCUACCUUUGUUUUAUAACCUAUUCUGCACAGAGCUAUUUUUAUUAAAGACUUUUGUAAGAAAGGAAA